UGUUAGAGCUCCUCGUAUCUGUGGUAUCAGACCACAAGCCCUGAAAUAACCAGACCAGCGAUAGACCCAUAAAGGGGGUCAGGAAGUGAGCUCAGAGCGUAUCAAGAGGUCGACUGCAACAGUUGUCCCACGGCAUCCUCCAACAAAGACCAAAGAACUAGACUACUUCAGGUCAUGAUGGAAAGCACAAGAACCUUUUGUCUGUUUCUGCUGAUCAACCAGCUGACACUCUGUCCUACCCAUGCAGACCAUUCAACCACACUGCUGUACUCCUCGGCAGCAAAAGAUCAAGGUGGGACUUCAACCCCUGCUUCGGGUCCCAACUUCACCACCAUCGACCACCCAAACUAUUUUGAUACAGACACAAACGGCACCCGAGCUGACUGCCUAAUCGACACUGAGAUGGGUCUUAUUGCUUUGGGUUGUGCAGGGGGGCUGAUUGUCUGUCUGCUGGUAACCACAGUGGUACUGGCAUGUCAGGUCUGGCACCUUCAGCACCGGGUGCAUGUCCCAAGAACCUCAAGGUCCAACCUGGACUUGGUGGGCAGUGCGAGCUACUGGGGCGACGACCGUCCUGAGGCUCAAGGACUGAUCGGUCCGUGUGAUGCCAGCGUAAUGCUUGAGGAGGUGAGAUCAGACAGCAAGGAGGAGGAAGAGAGUCAGGCUGAAAUACAAGAAGAAGGCGGAGCCGCAGCGAUGGCUUUCAAUCUUGAAGAUAAGGCCGGUCAGAUGCAAAGCUCUAGCUCCAGGGACUCCUGUCUGGAGAUUCCCAGAGAUCUUGAGGACAUGCCCCUUGUUGUGUGAGGAGGUAACCCCAACUCGGAGAGACCAGCGCACCCAAAAUCUUCCAUCGAGACAAAAAGCAGCCAAUUCAGCUGAUGUGUUGUGGUAGCAGGUUCUUCUUCUUUCCAGUUUAUGACAACUCACAAAAAGUUAACUUUAAUGUCAGUAAGAUAUCGCACUGCCUGGGCAUCGAUCUCAAGUUAGAUUACUGGUGCCAACACAUAACCCAUCAGGACCGUUUUUGAAUCCUUUCCUUUGAGAAAUAUAAAAAAAAUUGAAAAAAACGUGUGACUGAUGUUAGCUAAAGACCCAUAAAUAUUUGUCAUAUGAAAAGCCAUUUUGAAGGGCGGUGACUCAACAAAG